CUAUCUAAAAUAUUCUUUUUGACUAGGCAAAAUUACUAGGUUACUGAUGCAAUAAUGUGUGCAACCCGUGUUCAAUCCCUCAUUUGUUAAAUACGGCUUUAUGAUUAGCCAUGGGUUGACCAUGGGUCACUUAGCGUCUCGGAAAGCCACGCCCCUUACUAUCGAUGUCACAGGAACAAAUCCCCCCAAAGUAAACUCCGCGGAUAAAAAGCCACAGGUUGGUGGAUAGGAAGCAGGUCGACAAGCGCAAGGGGUCCGUUGUGACGUUCAAAGACCACCGUAGGGUACUACAAUAAUAGAAGCAGCAGCAGCAAGAACAUUGGCUUUCUGUUUACCAGUCAUGACGAGUAGCCCCCCAAACGUCUUGACGCCGCUUGCCCGGGCUCUGUCCCACCAUCAGCUGGACACGGCAGAAUCCAACGAGGUUGUAUCACCUCGAAAUGCCCAGGUCCAUCCGUGCCGAAGGAGGCAGCUAACGAGCUGCGGGUCGUUUGAUGGCACCGAAUUGGCCAGCUCGCCGAGUGUGGUCGAAGCGCGCGUCUUGGUCCUCAACACGGGAGGGACCAUCGGGAUGACGCUCACGGACAACGUUCUUUCACCGAAGGCCAACGCUUUUGUGCAGAUUUUACGCAAGCUGCCCAUCCUUCACGAUGAGAUGUAUGCACAGCAGACCUGCAUGUAUGACUACUAUGGAUCUGAGCGCACUUUAGUCCUGCCUUUGAGUAAAACCAAAAAGAGGAUAAUCUACACAAUUAUAGAGUACAGCCCUUUGUUGGAUUCGGCCAAUAUGACACCAGACGACUGGGGCAGAAUAGGAAAGGACAUUGAGAAAAACUAUGAAUCUUAUGAUGGCUUCGUGAUCCUUCAUGGCACAGACACUAUGGCCUAUACGGCCUCUGCACUUUCUUUCAUGUGUGAACAUCUGGGCAAACCCGUCGUCCUCACCGGCUCACAAGUGCCCAUCUAUGAGAUGAGGAACGAUGGCAGAGACAACCUGUUGGGGGCACUGUUGAUCGCCGGCCAGUUUGUCAUCCCUGAGGUGUGCCUGUACUUCUACAACAAGCUCUAUAGAGGAAAUCGUGUGACCAAAGUGGAUGCUGGGAGUUUUAAUGCAUUCACAUCCCCUAAUUUGGCUCCACUAGCCACCGCAGAGGUUGAUAUUGCAAUAAACUGGGACACGGUGUGGAGGGCAAACACCACAGUAAAGUUUCAAGUUUCCACUGAGCUCAACAGGAAUGUCGGCCUGCUGAGGCUCUUUCCAGGAAUAACUGCUGCCACUGUGAGGGCCUUCCUGCAGCCACCCAUGGAAGGAGUGGUUCUGGAGACCUAUGGCAGUGGAAACGGCCCGGAUAACCGCUCUGACCUGUUGGAGGAGUUGAAGAAGGCCACCGACUCUGGCGUCAUCAUCAUAAACUGCACUCAGUGUCUGAGGGGGACGGUGUCUACAUCCUACGCCACUGGAAAGGUAUUGAUGGAUGCCGGGCUGAUAACUGGCGGUGACAUGACUCCAGAAGCCGCCCUAUCAAAACUGUCCUAUGUGUUGGCCAAGGCGGAUCUAAAUCUCGAUGCCAAAAAAAAGAUGAUGGGCCAGAACCUGCGAGGUGAGAUGACUGCUGACUUGGCAGGAGCCAAGUUUAGUCUAAGUGACAGUCGAUUCAUCCAGGUUGUCGCCAAGUCUUUGAGCAUUAGCUGCAAAGAGGAGCUGGAGGCCAUCCGUGAUGCUUUGACACCUUCGCUGGCUUGUGCAGCUACAAAGAUUGGUGACAUCGAGGCCUUAGAAACCCUAAAAGAAAUGGGCAGUAAUUUGUGUCUGGGCGACUAUGAUGGACGGACCCCUCUGCACAUUGCUGCCUGCGAAGGAAACCUGAAAGCGGUGCAGUACCUGCUGACGAUUGGCGCCACAGUUUAUGCAAAAGAUCGCUAUGGCGACACACCCUUGUGCAACGCUGUACACUUUCGGCACAAGGAUGUCGUCAAGCUCCUGAGGAAGACAGGAGCCCACUUCUCCCGAGACAAGUUGGAGGAGGCAGGAUCAGAGCUGUGCAGCCUGGUAGUAAGUGGCGACCUGGAGGGGCUGGAAAUAUGGAGUCUUGCUGGAGCUGAUCUGAAUAAACCGGGCUACGAUGGGCAGACAGCAGUUGAAUUGGCCAACGCUGCCGGCAAACCAGAAGUAGCGACCUUCAUACUCAACCUCCUAAACAAAAAAGUGACGACAGCAUUUUCAGGAUUGAAUGAUUAUGAUGAAUAUGAUGAGGAUGAGGAGGUAAAAGCAAUUGUGAAUUCAUGUGAUUUUCCCUGUCUCAACAUUCUUCAUCGUUUCAUGAUGAGAUCCCAUGAUUUUGAGUUCUGCUUGCAAACAUCAAUCCACACCUGUUAUAAAUCCCUGAUUCAGUAUUCUGGUCUUUCGAAGGACUCGUCAGCUGGAGGAAAACCAUGCAAAGUGUUCACGAAUCAAGCGCAUUGCUUUUACACUAACGAAAAGGCACGAGAUUUUGAAGAAAGAGUUGAAUUAUUAUUUGUAGUAGAUUCCCAAAACACUUCCAAAAUAGUGACUCAAAUGACGUAAAAAUUGCAAUUUGGACGCGUCUACCAUUUUCACCAAAAAAUCCCAACGAGCAAGACUCCUUAAGAUAGAUUGAAAAUGACCAAGUACCAUGGGCUGAUUGGUCAACCAGAUUCUGCAAUCAAUCAAUCAUUCCAUAAAGUUUCUGGGCUGAUUGUUGUAUGUUUGUCACAACUUAAGUUCUGGUCAUGACUCAAACUUUGCGUUUAACUUUGCUGCGCUCGUAUAGUUUUGUUUGUUUUUUGAAGCACCAUGACGUGAAUCAAAAACUGAAGCAGUAAAGCAACAGGGGCAUUCUUCCACUUUUAAAUGCUAUUUCUCAAUGGUAGCUUCCGACUGAUUUUACAUGCUAUCUGGCACAAGAUGCCUGAGGUAUCUGAGCUUAAAGGUCAAACCCGGAAGGGGUUUUUCCUUCCCAGCACUUUACUUGAGUGAUAAUCUUCCUCAGACAUUUCCUUUGGCAGUUUCAUGUUUUACGUAGCGUGUGGCUUGCGCAGCUGUCUCACAAUCAAACCUUUCUGGAUUUUGAUCUCGGCUGGCCUUUCUGUCUGUCUGCAUGCCCAAGCCCAGUCGAGUCCCGUUUCCUCCAACAUCCUCAAAAUAUGCGAGACUGUGCAUUUGCGUGAAUGUGAUUUUGACUGGCGACAAGUUCAGGGUCUACCCUGCCUCUCACCCAAACUCAGCUGGUAUAGGCACCACCUCACCCGUGACCCUGAACGGCAAAAGAAAAUGAAUCUUCAAUGCAUGCACCGAACAACAGUCUUAUAGAAUUGAUUGAUGACAGAUAUGAAGAUCCUGAAUGAUUUUGAAUUCAAAGCUUUGCAUGGUAUGUUGGUCAAAAAUCAUUUUGGUCCAUAAUGCCCUACCCGGUUUGUGUUGUUCCAACACUUUUUCUAGUAUUUGAUGGACAUCGGAUUACAACCAUUUUAUACCGCCUUGUCAAUUAAAGCAUGUACAGUAUUCACAGUAGAUGACCAUCAACACGCAAAUACACACCCAUGGGAAAUUUAGGGUCUUUCAUCGAGCUGACUUGCUUUUGAAAUGUGGGAGAAAGCCGUAUUAGUAAUUUGAGUUCUUGAUUCCAUGUCUUGCGCGUCGGAUCAUUUGCAACUUUGUCCGUUGUGUGUGUGCGUGUUGUGACUUUGUGGUAUUAUUUGUGCUUUGUGUGAACACUACGAAUGCUGCACACUGGACGGCCUCUCGUCUCCACUUCUUGCUUCUUGCUGAUCUCAUUUUGAUUUUUGUUUCUUCUUGCAUCAGAACGGCGGAGGGAUUGAAUUCACGGCCUCUCCUGCUGAAAGAGAGCCCCAGCCGCUUUGUCCAGUUGCCAAGUGACACCCACUUUCCUCUCACUUGUAGUACACACUCAGGCGCAGCUUGUUUGAAGCCGCAAA